AUGUACCUCCCUCGACCAUUGAUCUCGCACCUCUACACUAACCUCCUCCGCUCGCAUCAUCCUCUGUCCCCUCCGGUCCUGCUUCUGGUUGCCCUCGAGCCCGACUCCCUCUGCGCAUGUCGCAUCCUCACCGCCCUGCUCAAACGCGACUACAUCCCGCACAAGAUCCAGCCCGUCUCUGGCUAUGCGGAUCUUUCUAAGGCCGGCGAAGAGCUGGUCCGGCCUAUGAAAACAACAGAAGGUGGGAGUGGAGGUGUCGUUAUCUGUCUGGGUGUAGGUGCUCUAGUCGAUCUCGGUGCCAUCUUGGGCUUGGAAGAUGAAGAGUCUCCCGAGUCGAUGUGUGGCGUCGAGGUCUGGGUUCUUGACGCGAGAAGACCAUGGAACUUGUCCAACGUCUUUGGUGGUGAGCCCAUAGAGACCCCGCUUGGUGAGCUCGAUGUCAAUACAAGACAGAGACAUGCAGGAGUCGAAAAAGGAUGUCUUCAGAGAUCGUACAAGUCCGGCAAGGGCGGUAUCAUAGUCUUUGACGACGGCGAUAUCAUGGGCGAACUUGAUACCGAGAGAGACGCGUAUUUCUCGUUGGUGGAGAUGCCUGAGAUCGAAGAAGAUGACAGUGACGACGAAAAUGACGAAGAAGAGGAUGAGGAGGACAGCCAAGAGAUUGCCUCCUCAAGAAAACGCAAGUCUUGGUCUGACCGAGAAAAUGAAGACGGGGAAACCGACGAGGACGAGGAGCGACCUCGGCAAAGGCGAAGAAGCAAUUCUGGAUCAUCAGUUGCAUCCACUCCCCGGAGUAAAACUCCUUCAUCCUCUCAGCCGACUUCACCGAUAUUCAACGAACAACCUGUAGCACGCCAAUCGGCGAAGCGACUUCGGAGGCGACUACGAAAGUUACGAGAACGGCAUGAGCGUGUGCUGGAAGAAUACAAGAACUUAGGCACCUCCUAUUCCGAACCUGUCUCGACACUGGCAUAUUCCCUGGCCGCGGACCUGGGCCGGGAAGACAAUGAUAUUCUCUGGCUGGCCAUUAUCGGCGCCACGUCCCUAGAACUAUCUGGGCACACCUCCACAGGUUUGGGGACGUCGGUCUCGAUCACCCAGUCUCUCCCACACGAACAUCACAAAACAUGGAGGUCAACCCGGUCCUCUCAGACCUAUGCACUUUUGCGGGACGAAGUAAGGCGACUAAACCCUCCUCCAGCCGAUCAAUCGCCUUCAAUAUCUCCGGGAGCAGGUGGUACCAGCUCUCCCAGUGAUAACUCGAUUCGGCUCAGCCCCGAUCCUCGAUUUCUCCUACUACGACAUUGGUCGCUAUACGAUAGCAUGCUUCACUCUCCAUAUCUGGCAUCACGGCUUCACGUGUGGAAUGAAUCGGGCAUCAAAAGACUGCACAAACUGCUUGCCAAAAUGGGCGUGUCACUAAGUCAGUGCAAGCAGACAUAUACGCACAUGGACAUGGAUCUGAAGAAGUCGCUUCGAGAUCGUCUUCUCAAAUAUGCCGCAGUGUACGGUCUGGACGACCUUGUCCCGUCCGGGUCCGGCCGAGCCACUUACGAACAAGAAGGAUGGGGCUUCAUUCGCUCCUGGGGGUGGAAAGCACAGCUUUCCGCUGUCGAUGUGGGAGUCAUACUUGGCGCCAUACUGGACGUCGGCACCUCCCAUGCCAUGAGCUCGACCAGUGCUUCUGCAGCGGCCUAUAAUGGCUCAUCUCAAGCUACGGUUGUCACGGAAGACAUCCCCGACCGAUCUGAAGCGCUGCUUCCGCGGUUCUUUGCCGCCUACGACGCGCUCGCCCCGAACCAUCCCACCCAUCUCCUCACAUCAAUUCCAGCCGCACAGCAUCUGCUGCGUUCUAUUCUUCGAACAGGCUCGUCUCUGCUCGUCAAACAUCAAAUCCGACAUUUGCGGGCAUUCCGCAUGGGGGUUGUCAAGGAAGGACCGGAUCUGGCCUUAUUUGCCAACAGCCCAGGCGCGCUAGUCAAACUGGCUCUUUGGGUGGGUGAAGCGGUUGCCGUGAAUGAACGUGAGAAGAAAGGUCCAGAAAGCGCCACGCCGCUUGUGCUCGCUGCGCUUGACGAGGCCAGGGGUACGUAUGUGGUGGUCGGCACCGGCGGCGGGAUCGGCAGUGGAGAGGAUCUCGAAGCCCGAAAAGAGAAGGCGGAGCGCAAGGCCAAGAAAGAAGCGGAGAGGGAACAGAAACGAAAGAUCCGCGAAGAUAAGAAAGCGGCCCGGGCGGCCCAGCGAGAGCUCAAUGGCGACGAUAGCGAUUUUGAAGACGACGACACCGAAUCCGAGUCCGAGGGAGAUUCUGACUCGUCGUCCGACGAGGAAGAUGAGGCCGAAAUGGCGAAGAAGCAGAAACGAGGAUACGGCCACAAUCGGUUUGGAAUCGCUUUUCAAGAAGUGGUGGAGGAAACGAAUGCUCGAGUCAAGAUCGACAGCUUCGAUCAUUGUAUUGUUGAAGUCAAGAAAGAGGACCUAGGUGGGUUUCUUGAGGGACUGAGUCUGAAGGCUGUUGUGGGGAGAUGA